AUAUAAUAAUAAUAAUAAUAAUAAACACAGUGACUAAGUAUGGUGUAUAGAAAACAAAAGUGUUUUACUGACAGACUCCUAAAGAGGAAGAGCUUAUUUACAUUCUGGCCAGACCUGUUAUUCAUAUGACACUGCACCUGAGCCACCUAUAAUGACAUAACACACACAGUCAGGAGUCCACGUAAGCCUCAACAUGAUCAGUGGAUGAAACUUAAUAGAUAAAAACAUGGAUCGCAUAAAACACAGAACAUGGGAUGCAGCAGCGAAGGCUGGUGAAUGGAAAGAAGAGAGUCGGAAAAAGGGAAAGCUGUUGGAUAACGAGGAGGGAUGGAACGGUGCCGGUUUAUGUGAGCUGGAACUGAAAAUAAGGAUGGAGGUUGGAUUAAUUGGAAAUAUGGAGGAGAAAAAAGAUCGAGAGAAACUGAAUUUUAAAAUAGGAAAUGAUACAAAGGGACAAAGCAGAAUUACGGAUGGUUUGAAGGUGAAAUCUGUUCAUGGAGAGAUAACAUCUGAAGAAACAUCGCAGAAGGAAGUGCAAGCAGUGAAUGUGAUAAGGAAGUUACCCGCUAGAGAAGAGAGUGUAAGUCAGCUGGAUGUCAGUGAAUACUUGGUACUUUUGAAGGCACUACGCAUCAAUUUGCCGAAAGGUGUUUUGAAUCCUAAAGUCAUCCUGCUCUCACAAAAUGCAGACAUUAUUGAAAAAGCCCAGAAUGUUGUUAAAGACCUGGAAAGCUUUAAACUCCAGUUUAACAGCAUUCCACGUCUUGGCUGCAGAAAAGUUAAGAACUCACUGGCACUAAAAAACAACGGUAACGUUCUUGAAAUGACAUUGAUGAUUUUCUUUAGAAAAAGUAAAGACUCUGAGAAAACACUUAGAGCAAAGUGGAGUGAGAACACAUCAAACACAGUCUGCAGAUUCGGUUUCAGACACAAAUACAAGACAACAGCCAUCUCCGCACCUGCUUUGUAUGCGACAAGACAAACCAGGAGCUGGAAACAUUUACAGGUUGGAGUCAAUGUUCCAAAUAUUAGCAAGGGUGUGACAGUUAAUAUUAAGACUAUUGAGGAAAAAGAGUAUCGCAGUGAGUCAACUCUCUCCCCAACUUCCCAAAAUUUUGGUAAUUUCUUCCAGAACCCAGCAGAUGAAAUUGAAUGCCUCAAGUUCUUUCAUGAGUUGGGUGAAAUAGGCAGAGACCAGAAUUUGAGUUAUACCAGAAAUACUAAAGUAGAGUUUGGCUUUCUCAGUGGAAAACUGGACUUCUUAGCAGAUAUUACAGACAAUGCCAAUGCAAAGGGGGCAGAAAGAGAUAAAAUUUUGAUCGAAUGUAAAGGAACAACUGGGGAUAUGGUAGGUAAACUCUUCACUAAACCAAAUAAUGAUAGCCGUCGUGCGCAGCUGGAUGAAACACACGAGUACUGUUGUCAGAUUCAGGCCUACAUGUACAUCUUAAAUAAGUCAGCGGAGCAAACACAAGGCUUCACCUCAAAUAGGGCGGUCAUGGUGAUCAGACACUAUCACAAGAAUGGAGAAAACCCCAGAGAUUUCUACUGGAAUUUUCUGGAGAAGAAUGAAACCGUACAGCAACAGAUAGAUGAACUCUGUGCUUUCUGUCAGGAAGAGGUUCUGGCCUGUUUUCUGGCUGUUCUCAAUCUGAUAUUCCAGCUUGAGAUUUAAGAAACUGUGUCAAGGUUGAACCAAUAUGUGUGUAGAUAUCUUGAAUACUAGACUAUUUGGUUGGGUGUUAAGUUUAUUUGAAAUCAAAUAUCAACAUGAAACUGUUUAAGAUUUACUUAAAAAAACGAAAUGUUUUUGCGAUAGAAUAAUAGUAGAAAAUGGAAUGGGAAUAUAUAGGCCUACCAGCCUCUGGUGUAGCAAGUCAGGUCCGGGCCCUUAUGCAAAAACUUUUAACAGACCCCUUCCGUCUGUUCACGACUGUGUGGGCAUUACUGGACCUCUGUUGCUUACUCGGGUUUAUUAUUUAAACGUUGAGUCGCGUAAAUCGCACUCAAAUAGUAACGCCAGACCCCAAGGGAGCGCAAAUCAAGCCCCAGAAAGAGGGAAAAACCGAAGCAGAAUGCGUUUUGUGCAUGUUUUUACACGCGACAUGUGAACGGCCCUAAUAUUUAUAUGAUAAUAGCCUACAGUUGUCAAACAUUAAGCGUUUAGCUAUACGAACAUCUGGCUCUUUCACUCUUCCAACCUUGACUUCUGACAUUGCAGCUAAUCCUUUCAUUUGAUUGAACAGUAUCCUCGCCUUGCAUCAUAUGUUUGGCCAGUGCCCACCUCAAUCAGAUUGACAUUGACAAGCUCAUUCAGAGUCUAUUUAAAUUAAACUUCAUUCUGUUUCGACCCAGCAUGAUAAACAAAGUAAUUUUGUACAUUAAACAUUAUACAAUAAUAAUGGUGUGUAAAUUAUUAUAUUAAAUGGAUUAUCCACGUAGGCUAUUAAAUUGAUGCCAACUAACUAGGACAAUUUUGAACACCUUCAUUUUGUUGAAAAUAAAUGCCUGUAUCUGAUUUUUGAUGUGAAAAUGUAUUUUUGGGAAAGGAGGAUUCGAUCUUGCGUUCAUGUAGCGUCAGAAGACUGUUAUGGACUGCAAACACAAUGGACUACAACAUUGUAUUUAUUUGACUCUGAACCUAAUAUGUGACCCUGCACAACAAAACCAGUCUUAUGGGUCAAUUUUACAAAUUGAGAAUUUUACAUCACCGGAAACUGAAUAAGUAAGCUUUCUAUGGAUAUAUGGGUUGUUAGGAUAAAACAAUAUCUGGCGGAGAUACACACAUUUAAAGAUCUGGAAUCUGAGGGAGCAAAAAUCUAAAUAUUGAGAAAAUUGCCUUUGAAGUUCUUAUUUUUUUUUAAAAUAUAUAUAUAUAUAUAAGGUAGGAACUUUAUGGAAUAUCUUCAUGAAACGUCUUUACUUAAUAUCCUAAUGAUUUUUGACAUAAAAGAAAAAUCACUCAUUUUGACCCAUACAAUGUAUUUUUGUCAUUUACUAAAAAUGUUCCCUUGCCACUUAAGACUGAUUUUGUGAUCCAGGGUGACAUAAUAAGUUUAGCAAUAUCCAUUUGAUAUUGUAACAUAUGUAAAUGUCUAAUGCUUUAACAGUGAGA